GUUGUGUUUCAAAGGUCAAAGUUAAACAACAAAAUUGAUCUUUGUUUUGUACUUUGUUGUAUUUGUGUCAAAAUUGUGCACCUAUUGUUAAUACCCUAUACCUAUACUCUCAAAUUAUAAUUAAAUAAAGAAAAAAUGGGUAAUCGCUCAUCAUUACUUCUGCGAGAGGAAGAAAUAGCGCAAAUACAACAGGAAACUGGAUUUACCCCCAGUCAAAUAGAAAGAUUAUAUUCAAGAUUUACAUCAUUAGAUAGAGGAGACUGUGGUACAUUAAGUCGUGAUGACUUUUUACGAAUUCCUGAAUUAGCUAUUAAUCCACUUGGAGAAAGAAUUGUUAAUUCAUUUUUUCAAGGUGAUGAAUUUAAUGAUCGAGUUAAUUUUAGACAAUUUAUGCAAGUUUUGGCCCACUUUAGGCCAGUUAAAAAAAAUAAAGAUAACAAAUUUAAUUCCAGAGAAGAGAAAUUAAGAUUUGCAUUUAAAAUGUACGAUUUAGACAAUGACGACAUGAUUUCUAAGGAUGAAUUAUUAGCUAUUUUACACAUGAUGGUUGGAACAAAUAUAAGUGAGGAGCAAUUGAAUAGUAUUGCAGAAAGAACAAUUCUUGAAGCCGAUGAGGACGGUGAUCAAAUGAUUUCAUUUGAAGAAUUCUGCAAAGCCUUGCAGCGGACAGAUGUUGAGCAGAAAAUGAGUAUUAGGUUUUUAAAUUGAAUGUUGUUGUCAUUAUUUGUUGGUAAUUUUAUUUUUAUAUAUAUGUGUGUAAUAUUUAGUGAGUAAAUAGGAAAUUUUUUCAAUGGUUAUUAUAAUAGGUGAAAUGUAAGCAAAACCUUUUUUAUUUGUAAAACUAUAGUUCAUAAAUAACAUCUAAAAGCUACAUAAUUACAUAUUUUAUUAUUAUGUUAUUGUAUCUUAUGAUAAAAUAUAAAACAAUUUAAAAUAUAA